AUGGAGUUAAUUGCCAUUGCUGCUGUGACAAAGAAAGUUGUUGAUGUCAUUGGCACUCUUGCCCUUGAAGAAGGAUAUCGCUUGUACUGGUUGCGUGAACAAAUGGAGUGGAUCCGACGACAGAUGGAGAAGAUGCAAUCCAUCUUGAAAGAAGCAGAUGCCUAUCCUACUAGUAGUGAAACAUUGACAACAACAAGAAGACAAAUCAGAGAACUUGUCUAUGAUAUUGAGGACAUCAUGGACAAGUACUUUCCAAAGUUAGCUUCCCAUAAGGCUAAGGGAAAUGACUUUCUUUGCUGUUUGUCUAAUUGCUGCACUGCUCAUGAACUUGUUUUGGAAAUUGAAGCAAUAAAAGGCAGGGUGGAGGAAAUCAAUAGUGCCAAAACGACGUUCCCCACGUGUGAUAUUGGUAGUAGUGGUCAUGAUACUAUAUGGGAAGUGAGAAAGAAUUUUCUUUAUGGUGACGAAGAACCAAAUAUUGUUGGUUUUCAGGAUGACAUUGAUGAAUUGAAGAUUAAGUUACUAGAUCCAAAGAUUGCCCAUGAUGUGAUAUCGAUCGUUGGUAUGCCUGGUCUUGGAAAGACCACACUGGCCAAGAAAAUAUUCAACAUUGCUAAGGUCGAGUUAGCAAAAGAUAGUCCCUACGACCUUCAUUUUGAGUGUUCAGCUAAAGUUUAUGUUUCUCAUAAACAAAAUUUGGAGGAGCUAUGGAAGGAUAUAGCUGAGCAAGUUGGCAUCAACAAGGAGGAAAUGGAUGCCAAUCAUGUGCCUACUACCCUGUCUGCAUUUCUGAGUAAGAAGAGGUAUGUCAUUUUUCUGGACGAUAUAUGGAGUGAUGAAACAUGGGACAAAUUAAGCAUUGCAUUUCCUAAUAAACCUAAGAUUGGAAGUAGAAUAAUUAUCACGUCUCGGUCUCGUAGGGUAGGGAGAUAUGCUGGAGGGAAAAAAUCUUUACACAAGCUGCAGCAUUUAGAUUUCGAAAGUAGUCAAAAGCUUUUCAAUGGACUACUUAUAGGAGAAACAUUUUCACCCACUCUAAAAGCUAUUGGCCAAGAAAUUUUAACAAAGUGUAAUGGCUUACCACUUGCAAUUACUAUAGUAGCAGGAAUGUUGAGGCAAAGGAAAACAAAUCAGCACACAUGGAUUUAUGUCCUCCAGAGUUUAAACAAGGAUGAUCAACUUUCGAAGGUCCUUGAUUUAAGUUAUCAAGAUUUGCCAUUUUAUUUAAAACCCUGCUUCCUUUAUUUUGGACUAUUUCCAAAAGAUCAUGAAAUCAGGGCAAGUGAAAUAAUUAAUUUAUGGGUGGCAGAGAAAUUUAUUCCAUUGAGUGAACAAACACCUUUGGCUGAGGAUGAGGGAGAGGCUUAUUUAGGUGAAUUGGUUGAUAGGAACUUGAUUCAAGUGGUUAGUAGAAGAUUUGAUGGAAGGAUCAGAAGUUGCAGCAUUCAUAGUCUUUUACAUUCAAGAUGCAUUUCACUUGCAUCUAAGGACAACUUGUUCAAAACUUGGAGUAACAUAGCUUCCAAUUCUUAUACAAGUAGCAGUGUUCGGAGAUUCACCACCGAUGGAAGUAGCCUCUCCCAAUUUCUUUCUUUGGAACGUCAAGCUCUCAAAAUCCGCACACUUUUUUAUCUCAAAGGCUCGGAUAAACUCUCGAAGAAACAUCUGACACGAGUUCUUCGAGAGUUCAAGUUCCUCAGGGUCCUUGUAAUAGAAUGUCCUGAACUUCCACCAAUAUUUCCCAAGGUUUUAUGCAAUCUAAGACACUUGAGGCACCUCAAGUUAAGCGGCAAUGGUCUUGAAAAGCUCCCAAAAGGUAUAAGUAGUCUCCAAGAUUUACUCACUUUAGAUGUUCGCGGCUGCCCUUCUCUCAAACUUCCAAAUUCUAUUUGGAAAUUGAAGAACUUGAGAAAUCUCCUCAUGCACGAGGACAUGCACUGCUCAGUCAAUGCCACACUUUGGAAAGUUUCCUCCGAAUCUGAUAGAGUUAUCUCUUGUUGCGAGUCAACUUGA